AUGUCUGAAGGCAAGGAAAGACUUCUCUCCCCCGAGGAAGCAUUUUUCUUCUGGGAGGCUGUCUACGAAGCCCUGUGGAACAUGGUGUCUCUUGUCGUGGCUGUCUUCUGCUGUCUGUGCCUCGUCACCCUCGCCAUCUACGGAAGCCCCGACGACCCCAACGCUUCGCAAACCCAACUCCCCUAUACGCCUUUAUCCGAAACUGGAGUGAGCUCGGAGCAGCGUACAGUCAACUCUUUCGGUAACGCCUUCAUACUUCUCGGAACGAUCAUAGCCAUGACUUGCGUUAUGGUCUGCCUCUUCUACUUUGGCUGCUACGCUGUUAUCGGGUUGUGGAUCAUGAUCGGCUCCUGUUUCAUCCUCUUCAGUGCAGCGAUUACGUUCUUCGCUAACCUGUUCGUUCAGCUGAACGUCGCUAUUGACUAUAUUACGGUGGCGUUCAUCACAUGGAACUUCGUUGCCGUCGGCGUGAUCAUCGUUCACCGUCACGGUCCGAAGCUGCUUCAGCAAGGCUAUCUCAUCGUUGAAUCUGCGUUCAUGGCGCUCCUGUUGCUAGCGUACGUCCCGCCGCAGACGCUGUGGGUCGUGCUGCACAUAAUCCCAGUGUGGGACCUCAUCGCCGUGCUAACUGUGGUGGGCCCGCUGCGAAUCCUAGUGGAGACUGCGAAAAAGAGGAAGAAAGGUCUGCAGCCCGGUCUCGUUUUCGCCACGGUGGUUUUCGGGAGUCUGAUUAACAUGGCUUCCAGGCGCCAGUCUAUUCCAUCAGACGCAGGACGUGCAGACGAAACAGAUUUCGAUGAGACGCCGCCUAUCUUCGGAGAACAGCUAGACGAAAUGCAAGUUGAGCCGAUGGUUCCCUCCACUGCCCGAGGGAGGCGAGCGCGGCACGCGCCGUCGCCCGCGACAUCUUUAGGUUCGCAAGAAGAACCUGGCGAAGAGAGUGAAGGCAUCAAGAUCGGUCUCGGCGAUUUUGUUUUCUACAGCGUCCUGGUAGGAAAAAUGGCUCUCGGCAGCGACGUGCUUCUAGCUAUUGCGGUUGGAGUAGCCGUCCUGGUGGGCAUGUGCGUCACACUUCUGAUCUUAGCUGUUGUUCAGUCUGCUCUACCAGCGCUUCCAAUAUCGCUGGGUCUGGGCCUUGUUUUUGCUCAUUUUUCUAGGCAUAUUGAAUAUUUUUAUGAUUCCUUGUUGUCAGAGCAAGUGUACAUAUAG